CCCAGCAACUUCAGUUUUUCUAUUAUCCCAUUCUUGGACCACAAUCCAGGAACCUAACAGUUCAACAAUUUCUUUACAUGGUUCCACAGAUUCAACAACGAAUGGCUGGACCAUAUGGUGGAUUGAGCUCUGAGGAACUUCAGAGAAUAUAAGGAGUAGAUCUAGAGAGCAGUACAUCACAAAAUCCUCCUCCUCAAUCCUGAUCACAAUCAAGAGUCGUAAACGAAGACAUCAUCAUUCAACAUGAGAUCCCUCAUUUUGCUGGCAUUUGUCAUCGGUGCGGCCUACUGCGCUCCGCAAUUAAUGUAUUAUGAGCUAGAGUACAAACCUGUCAUGGCUCCACAGGCUCUUCCUGCGGCCGCCGCUGCAGCUAGACCUUCUGAAAUAGAGAUUCUUCUGGCUGCUCAACAGGCUGCAGCUGGAGGUUCUGGUCAACCUAUCCGUGGCUUCAUUAAACAUGAGAUUCCCCAGCCCGCCGGCAAAGAAAGUAUUGAAGUUCUGUACCCCUUCGGCUUUCCUGAACCUGCCCCUGCUGUCCCAGCUGCCCCGGCUGCCCCAGUUGUCCCAGUUGCUCCUGCUGCCCCAGCUCCUGUUCCAAAGGAUGAUGAUGAUGAUGAUCAUGAUGACUAAACCAGAUGAAAGGAUAAGCUGACCACCAAUUCCUGAACGACAAAGAAGCUGCUUGUGUUUUGCUCGAGUGACUAAAUGCUUUCCCGCUUUAGAAAUAAUGAUGAGCCAUCGAAAUAAUGAUGAGCCAAAUGGUGCUUUUUCAGUGGCUUUAUGCUUUAGAGCCUUAAAAUCAUAUCCUUUUUUU